CAAAUAUGAGCGGUGACAAACAGGACACAGCUGAAAACCCGUUGGAUGUUUUUACGAACAUUGACAAGGAGCCGAAAAAGUUGAGCAUCGAGAAGAUUUAUCAGAAGAAAAGCCAACUGGAACACAUCUUGUUGCGUCCGGACACCUAUAUCGGAUCGGUAGAACAUACUGAUAAAGCGCCGAUGUGGAUUUAUGAUGCGCAAGCAGAACGAAUUGUACAGCGUGAAAUCUCGUAUGUUCCGGGAUUGUACAAAAUCUUCGACGAAAUCCUGGUAAAUGCAGCAGACAACAAACAGCGGGACCCGAAAAUGAAUUUAAUCAAAAUUAAUAUUAACAAAGAAAAGAACGAGAUCAGCAUCUACAACAACGGCAAAGGCAUUCCAGUAGUGCUGCAUAAGGUGGAGCAAGUUUAUGUGCCCGAGCUCAUCUUUGGUACACUUCUCACAUCCUCGAAUUAUGAUGAUUCCGAGCGAAAAGUUACAGGUGGCCGUAAUGGAUAUGGUGCCAAGCUGUGCAAUAUAUUUAGCUCGGAAUUUACCGUCGAAACAUCCUCCAAAGAAUACGGCAAAUCAUUCAAACAGACAUGGAAGGACAACAUGACAAAAGACAAGGAUCCAUCUGUAACCAAAGCAACUGGCGAAGAUUUCACGCGAGUCAUCUUCAAACCGGAUCUGGCGAAAUUCAGAAUGAGCGAGCUGGACGAUGAUAUCGUGGCACUGAUGUCACGCCGAGCAUACGACGUAGCUGGCUCCACAAAAGGCGUCAAAGUGUAUCUGAACGGCAAAUUGCUCCCGGUACAAGGCUUCCGUCAGUACGUGGAUCAGUAUGCGAAACACAAUCUGGACAGUGAUGGCGAACCCUAUAAGGUAGCCUUUGAGCAAGUGAACGAGCGUUGGGAAGUGGCUAUGACUGUGUCGGAGAAAGGCUUUCAGCAGGUUUCAUUCGCCAAUUCUAUUGCAACCACGAAGGGUGGCCGUCACGUAGACUACGUGACCGAGCAAAUUACUGGAAAGCUAAUUGAUCUUAUCAAGAAGAAAGUGGGCAAAAGUGGUGGAAUCAAUGUGAAGCCAUUUCAAAUCAAAAAUCACAUGUGGGUGUUUGUAAAUGCGUUAAUUGAGAACCCGACGUUUGAUUCGCAAACCAAAGAAACGAUGACUUUGCAAGCGAAAAAUUUUGGC